AUGAUACUGUCCGAUUUUCCAUCGGAACUAGUAGAAGAAAUACUCUCUAGGGUUCCAGCCGCAUCUCUGAAACGAUUGCGGUCUACUUGCAAACAGUGGAACUCUUUAUUCAAAGAGCCAGGAUUCACGGAGAAGCACUUUCGUACAGCUCCAAAGCAGUCUCAUGUUCUUUUGUUGAAGGAUCAUAGGGUUUAUUCAACGAACAUCAGUUUCAACGUUGCCCCUCCAUCUAUAGAGUUUAAGGGUCCGCUUUGCCCAACGGAUUCCCAUUCUAAUUCAGAACAAAUUGAUAUAUUUCAAGUUAUUCACUGCGACGGUUUGUUGUUAUGCAUCAGUACCAUGUCCAAAAUCGUGGUUUGGAAUCCAUGGUUGGGGGAAGCCAGGAGGAUCCAGUCGAAAGGUGGUUACAAGGCUUACUCUCAGUUUGGUAUAGGAUACGACAACAACAAACCUUGCCGUAGCUACAAAAUCUUAAGGUUUUGGCCCAAGUGGAAUUAUGACAACCGAGUUUAUGAGUUUGAAAUCUAUGAAUUAAGGUCAGGUUCAUGGAGGGUUCUUGAUGACGUCUCUCUCGACUACGACACACACGUACGACAAGAGGGUAUUGUGUCUUUGAAAGGAAAUACUUACUGGCUUGGUAAAGACAAAGACUUACUCUGUUUUGAUUUUACCACAGAGAGGCUUAAGCAUCGUCCGCUUCUUCCACUAUUUCCAAAGAGUGAUCAUGCGGCUUUAUCAGCUGUUAAAGAUGAAAAACUAGCAGUGUUACAUUUGGACUUUGGUACAUUACAAGUGACAAUGUGGGUGACUGAUAGAAUUGAUGAAACCGAAGGCGCAAUAUUGUCGUGGAGCAAAUUCUUUAAAGUGGAUUUUGAUUGCACUCUCCGUUAUCCUUUUCCGUUUUUCAGGAGCUUUUUAUACGACGAGGAGAAGAAAACGGCCUUGUGUGGUGAUUUAGAUUCUGGGGCCAACAAGAAAAAGCUAUACAUUAUUCGAAAGGCCGAUGAAUAUAACUCAGAAACCCCUUACGUAGAAUUUACAAACCAAACAUUUUGCCGGCCAUGUCUUUUUUAUUAUGUUCCAAGUUUGGUUCAAAUCCCAGCCAAGUGA